AUGGUUCUAUGCUCAAAGCCACCGCGGGUUUACUAUAUUGUCAAUUCAAAGACGAAUAGCCGAGAUACCAAGAAAUGUCUUGAAACUGACGAUGAUUCAACCAAGAACCCAUCAUGCGCGUCACAGGUCGACGAAAAAAAUCGAUGUUUUGUGAUGGAUAUGGUCCCUAGCGUUGCAGAGGAUCUGGAAGUUGGCACGGUGGAUAUCAUUUCCGAACUAGUGAAAACAUACUUGACAGAGCUGUUUCGUUCAGAAGGGAUUGACAAUUUCCAAUUCCCAGGAGAAAUUGUGUUCGACAUCCAGUUGCAGCACAACGAUAAUAUAGAUUGCGCUUUCCUCGUGUCGGGGUAUGAAGUGGCAUCCGUGUACGGAGACGUACUAUUCGGUAGUAUCGAAAUCUAUGCUCUUUCCGGGAAUCCCCAAGACAUUCUUCAGGUCCUGCUGCAAAUGGAAAUGCCCUCUUUCAAUCUCAAGUUUGUCGACAAGAAAUACAUAGCUGAAGUGCAGGACUUUUUGUCCACCAAUCCUCAUCUUCGCAAACUACGCAUCGGUGAUCACUACUUGGAGAACGAUCAACACUUGGUCCUUGAUGUAGUGAAAUCUUCGAAAUCACUGUCCACCAUCCAGUUCGGAGGUUUUGCUGUGAUGCAAGAGAAACUAGGUCAAACUCUCAACGACUACAUGCGGCAAAUAUGCGAAAGCAAGUCUCUACAAAAGCUUGACUUGGCCCGAAUUACAGAUCUCUCUCAAGACCACAUCGAUUGUCUAUCAGAAUGUUUCCUGAAGAAAUCACCAUCCAACCUUAAAACUAUUGAUAUAUCGGCAGGAUACGGUAGUAGCGAUUUGACAAUCAAUAUUGCGAAACUAGCAAUAGCCUUGAGAGAUAUUGACACUUUGGAGGAAUUGGUCGUUUGUCGGAACAAUUUGGCUGGCUAUGAUUCUAUCUUUGAGUGCGCAAACCUUCUGAAGCGAAGUACGUGUCUGAAGAAGCUUGAUAUAUCUGCAAGUGGAGGCAAUCGCCAAAUGGACCCUGAUGCAUGGACAUGUAUCGGGGAAGCCUUCCCACUAACAUGCUCUCUGCAGUAUCUCGAUAUUUCGUGUCAUCGAAUAAGCGAAGGGUCAUGGAGGUCUCUGGGCGAAGGCCUGAAAGCGAACACUAGCCUGUUGACGUUGAAAGCUAGAAAACCUUACUAUCAACGAGGAGACAAGGAGACCAAUAUUCUCUUGCCAGUGUUUGAAGCCUUACACGAGAAUGGAACAUUGCGAUCACUUUAUUUAAAUGGAUACGACUUGAGCGAUUCUAUCGUAGCCUUGGAGGUGCUGGAGUCGGCUUUGAUACAAAACACAGCGUUGAAGUCGCUGCAGCUUGAAACUUCGUCGAUGUCUGAUGAGGGUGUCGCAAUCUUGAGCCGCGGUCUUCCCAAGAUGAAAAGCAUCCUCCCUGGAUUGAGAAGGCAGGAAAAAUAA